CGAAUGGAUUGGGUCAAUAUUUGACCCGAAAUAAGUCAACCAAACAUGACCCGACCCGUAAUCAAAGUUCCCAACCCGACCCGAUUGCCAGGUCUAUGAAUAAUCGUGGAAUAUUAUAUUCACAAAUACUGAUGAAAAUUGAAUUUGGAAUAAUAUAAAGUCCGAGCUAACAAAUUCAUUUGUCAAAAUACAAAAGGAAUCACACAAACUUCAUGGCGAACUACGUAACGUACUACUAACAUAAAUUACGCUCGGUACUUUUUUUUUCUAUAUAUCAUCCUUUCCUAGGAGUCUUGAGUUUUAAGAGGAGCAACUAAUUACGUUCGGCAGUACUUGUCAUCUCAUCACUCAUCAGUACGCCCAAAUCGAAUCUUAGCCAGCAGGUUUUAUCCAUAAGUCCAAAAAAUUAAGAAACCACACUAAUUAACCACUAUAAAAAAGCUUCUACCCAACCCCACUAAUGUAGCAAAUCAAACAACGUACGUCACACACAAAAAAAAAAAAAAAAAUCAGCUAGCAGCAAGGUCGACCUAACGAUUAUCGAUCGAUGAAACGUGCUGCAUCCCAAGUGACAGUACUGAUCAUUAUUGUUCUUAUGUCGCCGCCGCCGGCCGUCGCGGCCGUCGAAUCGGACGACCAUACGUGCGCAUGCCAACCUAUGACGACGGGCUGUGCGCAGUGUGGUGCAGGACGAUGUUGCAGUGACUUUGGCUACUGUGGGAGCGCGGUCGGUUACUGCACGCCUUGUAAUUGUGCAAAUGAUGACGGAACAACUCACGUUUGCAACCCUUGUUAUUGCCUGGGCGGUUGUCCUGAGCCUGAGCCUGAGCCUGAGCCGCCUGAGCCUGAUCAUGAUCGUGACGACGAAAAAAUGUUGCUAAUCGACGCCACCUACGACCCAAACCUGGACAAUAAGGCUUCAUCGUCCGACGUGGUCGCAGGCCGGCGGCACAGUGUUUAUGAUGAUCAUCAGUAUGGCUAUGCUGCAGUACGUGGACCGCCGCCGUCGAAUGUUUCAACCCAUAAUAAUAUUGUUGCCGGUCAAUGCCUGCUGGUAAAGUAACGUUAAUCGUUCGUUCUGCUAAGGUUUUUAGAUUUUGUCAUUUUGAUGCACUCAUCGUACAUUGCGUGCCGCCUUAUGGUUUUAUGUGUGGUUGUACGUAUGUAGGUGACUAAUUCCGCAAAUGGGAAACAAGCAAUGGUGAGGAUUAUUAGAAGUACAACGUACUGCAAGGGCACAGGUGGUAAUUUGGCUUUGGAUUACCAUGUUUUUCGACAGCUCGAUGCGGGCGGCGAUGGCAAUCCACGAGGUCGUCGACUUCGAAUCAGUUACAGUUACGUAAAAUGUAUCGAUGAUUAGUAUGUGAUCAAAUGCUUUUAUGAUCAACCUAUUCUCAAAAGUUUAGAUGAUUCUGUCAUCGAUGAUCUAAACAACCGGUAACCUUUACAAUAUUGCUCAUUUCUCUUGUGAACUUUCCAGAAUAAUAUGAAAGCAACCAUAAAUAAGAUGGGACUUAAUUAGCCAUAUGGGGACUACUUGAUUACUUUUUACAUUUUUGUUUCAGUUUGGCAUACAAAUAAUUAGUCCAUGACCUAUAUUCUCGUCCAUUCGGCAUUACUUUUUAUAAGAGUGAUAUAAGUUUUUUUAUAAUUAAGAUAUUAAUUAUGAGAUUCGAAUCUCGAAUAUCCAGGUUAUAGGCUAGUGGUAUUACUACUAGGCCUCUUCAUUAUUAUUUGGAUGUCCUCUUUUUCCUCAAUUUUUAAAUUGGUAAAUAAGAUUGAACAAGGGAUAUUUUUGGACGAAAAAUAUAAAAACAUGAGAUAGGGCCGACUAUUGGAAUGUGCAGGGAGGUCCCGAGUCUCGAGCCUCUACCAUGUAUAUAGCUAAUUAUUAUUAGAGUAAAUACAAUUUAUUAAUAAAAUCUUUCAAAAUUUUUAUUUCGAAAUUCAAAUAAUUAGUCGAAUAUUUUAUAAAGCAUAAAAAUAAGGACUUUGCUUCGGUGACUUGACUUGGACAAAAUGGUUGACCUGUUUAUUGAUGAGGUCGACCUAUUUGGACAAAACGAUCGACCUCUUCACUGAUAUGGUCGACCUAUUUGGAAAAAUGGUCGCUCUCAUUGUUGGAAUGGUCGAAUAGAUGUACUAUUUUUCAUUUUGGUAUGGUCAACAAACGAUCAACCUCUUCCACUAAAAGGCACUAUACAAAAAAAUGGUCUAUCAAUUCCAUCAAGUGGUCUAUCUUUUUUCCCAAGCGGUCCACCUCUUUCAAUAAUUUAUCCACCCGAUGAACCAUUCCUAGUGAUAUCAUCAUAAAUAAUUAGAGUCCAACAACAAUGAUAUGCUUGCUAGUAAGAGAUUUAAAAUUAGUACAAAGACUGCAAGCAUAGGUGACAAGUUUCUUGACUGAUUGUUCUCCUGUAGAUUUGAAUAAUGUUCCGCAUAUUUAUUUCUUACUUUCAAACUGCCAUGGAGACUGACGAAAGGUGGGAUAUGUGACUUACUUUAUAGAGAUUUUCAUCUUUCCUUCAAAUUCCAAGUUUUCUUGUUUCUAUCCUAUAGUUGUCUUGUGAUAGAUCAACUUUAAUUAAUUUGUUGCUAUUAUUGUAUGAAGAUGCUCAAAAAGUAGAGUAUAUUCGUUAUACAAUUGUGCCAUCUUCAACGUCAAUAAAUCAUUAAAUCUCAUAUCAUCGCUUUUGUGUAUUUUUAUUCCAGAAGAGUUAAAAGAGGGUGUUUCUUUUUGUCUUAGCCUAUAAUCUGCGUAGGGAUUUGGUUGCCCACAAUUGAUAGGAUGUUGCGCGACUACAAAAAUAAUUUUAUAUUGUUGGUCUUCUAUUGUCCAUUAUUUUUCUAAUGUAAGUAUAAGGUAACUGUGUUAUCUGGUCGACUGUUCGCCGAAAGUGGAGAUCAUUUGCCGAAAGAGAUAAGCAAACCAUUUUGCCGAAUCAGUAGGCUUUUUGGCGGAAGCGAUCCACCUCCUCCAACAAGAAGUUGUAAGUUGAAGGUAAGUGUGUCACAGGUCGACCCAUUGCCAGAAGCGGUAGACCGGCUGCCUCGAGUGGGGGAUGAGUUCAGGUCCUUAAGUCUAUUCCACUGCGUAGAGAUCAAAUAGAGGAAUUCAGUUUUUCUUUUCAGCAAUAACAUGAUAAGAGCAUCCCUUUCAUAAAAACCUACAGAUCCCUCCACUGCCACUUCAGCACCUUUUGAUCUUCUCAAAGAUCAUUACGAGCCCUCUCCUAGAAUGUUUUUGUAGAUUUAGAAAAUUCCAUGGUGGAUCAGGACGAUCCAAGAAAGCUUCUCCUCUUAAACAGCAAUGGUGUGUGACACUCUGUUUUAAGGGUAAAGGUGGGCCGAGACUGUAGACGACGACGCUGAGGCUGAACUUCUCUUUCCUUUCAAGGUCCCAGCUCGGAUUGGAGAUUCCAACUAUGUAGUAAAUAGCUUGCCUGAGGCGGCGCCGGGGUCCUAUCGAUCUCACCCUUCCCUUGGGACUGACUGAUGGACCGAAUGGCACUGACUAAUGCCUUAGACUAAUAGGGGACAGAAACUAAGGGCUCUGGUCAGGCUGUUACUGUGGAUUCUUACUCGCUCUGAUCCAGCUACCCCUCAUGCUUCGCCAGUGCGGAAUUAUAGAGAUAAAGAUUUUUUCAGUUCUAAAGUGUAAAUCAAGAGGCUAAACCCGAUCUAUCUUUCCGGCUUAGCCAAACUCCUCACCUGGGGUUACUGAAGGUAUUAAAGUAUUUUAAAACUA